GGGUUUGAGGAGGCGGAAAGUCUUCCAAGAAGGCUUUGAAAGAAGGUAAGAAACCACGCCCCUUCACAAAACACCGCCCAUCUGAUUAGUAAUGCGGAUUGCCCUGAUUGGUGCGCGGUAUUUCGCUUUGAAGUUCACCCUUCACAUCUUUGGUGUGUGUAGUAAGUAGCAGAUCUUCGGUGUGCGUUGUGCGUUGCAGUGUAGGCUACACGGAGAUGACGAGAGUUCAGUCCGUUGGUACACUGACCUAAGGAAUUGUGAAUGCCUCUGUUCUACUAGUUUCUAUAUGGGAUAUAAUUGGCACAAUUCAUUUUCUGCUUUUUAUUUUCCAAUGGCUGUUACUGAUUUAUAACGGAUAUAUUAUUGCUUUAUUCAACAUUGCCAGUCACGGAGGACAUCGGUCAUCCCGGGUGAGCGAAAACGACAAUAUCGGAACGGAACGAUAUCCUCGCACUCGCAUAUAAAAAAGGACUUUAUGUGUGGAUGUUUGGCAUUCCAAUUGGAUAUAAAUUGAACACUGACUGGAAUAUGGUGACUUUGACGACUUUACUGUCAUUGCCGUUUAUUUAUAAAUGAUAUUUGAAUUGCACCUCAUCCCCAACCACCGCCCUCGGUCUCGUAAGCUACUCUGCUUGGAUCCAGAUGAGCAGAUCUCCUCUCGGAUCUGAAGCCAGUUCACGCAGUCGGAGUCCAGAAAGCGCCGAGAAUAGCACUGACAGCGGUAGUUUCUCCCGUAAAUUUGGGACACAGAAGUCCUUGGUCACGGCAUUGGCACCUUCGGAUCCUUUACGCCAAGAAAAGAGACUACCCAUCCGGAUUCUUAAAAUGUUGACCGCUCAUAGCCACAUACUUCACCCGGAGUAUUUACAACCCUUGACUUCCGCACCAGUAAGCAUUGAGCUGGAUGCCAAAAAGAGCCCUUUAGCCCUCCUGGCACAGACAUGUUCUCAGAUUGGGAAGCCAGACCCACCUCCAUCCUCUAAGCUUGCCUCUCUCAGCUCAAAUGGCCACAGCGACAAGGACUCAGGCUCCCGGUCUUCCGGGUCGUCUGUGUCCUCUGUCAAGUCUGGAGACCAGCACCAGCCCCUGGAUGACAAGUCCAGUUUCAAGCCCUACUCCAAGAGUGGUGGAGAGUGCCGCAAAGAUGGCGUGGGAGACAAGGCAGGCUUUCGGGUUCCUGGUGGCAGCACCGGUGCCGUCACAUGUCCCCACGCCACCUCUCCCAGGACCAGCUCCCCCACUCAGCACACCCCACCCCAAGCGCACCGGCAGUCCCAGCCCUCCCCCACCCAGAAAUCAGGCCACAGUCAUUACACAGAGUCCAAGUCGGGGAGCGCUGAACAGGGCUCAGCGGACAGCGGCAGCAGUGGUCCUGUGAAAAAAGAGACUGAGCACAGCAAGCCGGGCCUGGACCACGCACAGAUUGCCAACUCCAGCCACGCCAGGGCGAGCGCCAACUCCAGCAACGGCAGCUCCGCCAGCAGCCCACAGCCCGACAGCAAGGCCGACGCCCAGCUCCCCCAGCCUGGACUAAGCGCCGGACACGUCGCUCCCGUAUCCCCGUUCAAACCGGGCCACUCGGUCUUCCCCCUGCCGCCCUCCAGUAUGGGAUACCACGGGUCCAUCGUUGGUGCUUACGCUGGAUACCCCUCACAGUUCGGGGCGGGGAUGGGGGUUCCUGGGAAGCACCCCAGCUCCAGUCCCUUGACGGGAGCCUCCCCCCCGUCCUUCAUGCAGGGCCUGUGCAGGGACCCUUACUGCCUCACCUACCCCAACGCACCGCACCUAGGGGGCCAGAACUGCUCCACCUGCGUCCACGACCCCUCCUCCAGCCUGAAGUCCGGCUUUCCCCUGAUGUACCCCUCGCAUCAUCUGCACUCGCUCCACCCCACGGCUCUGACGUCCAGCACCACGCCCUCCCUCUCCCACCCGCUCUACACCUACGGCUUCAUGCUCCAGAACGAACCUCAGCCGCACGCCUGCAACUGGGUGUCGGUGGGUGGCCCGUGCGACAAGCGCUUCUCCACCUCCGAGGAGCUGCUGGCCCACCUGCGCACGCACACGGCGCUGCCAGGUGUCGACGGCAAGCUCCUGUCCGCCUACCCGUCGUCCGUCUCCUCGGCCGCCUCUUGCCACCUCCACCUGCCGCCACCCACCAGCCCCGGCGCCCUCCCCAGCUCCUUCUCGCUCCGCGGCUCGCCCGGCCUGAGCCUGGCGCGCUACCACCCCUACGGCAAGGCCCAUCUGCCCGGCGCCCCGUCCCUGCCCAUGCACUCUCUCCCAGGCUCGUCUCCCUACUACUCCCCCUACACGCUCUACAGCCAGAGACUAGGCUCGGCCUCAGCCCUGGGCUACCAGUGACCAGGGCCAGCGUUGGACUGCGAGUGGAGAACAGACUCCUUUGACUGCUGAUGAGACUCGCCUGCCAGGCGAGCGAGCCCCUGAAUGUGCAGAGCUCCUGGCUCAGGUCCACUCCACACAGUGUGCCCUGCCUGGUCCAGUCCAACAGGGAGCAGGGUCGCAAAAGCAGAUUCAUCUGAAUGGAGUACCAGUGGCCUGGUCCGUGUUUCUGCAAUCUGUCGCAGUGUUUGGAGAGAGAGAAAUAGAGAGAGAGAGAGAGAGAGAGAGAGAGAUCUAUUAAUGAUAAAGAGAGAUGAGUGCAGCUUGUCUGGAUAAGUCAAAGACUUGACAUACAGAGAAUGCAGCACUCUGGUCUCAAUUUAUUUGAAGAGUGCCCCCCCAUUUAUUGUUGUUCUGGACUGAAAACAACUGAGAUUAUGUAUUUAUUUUCUGAGCGCUUGGCUUUCAACUUGGGAGAAGUUUACUAUUUGAACACACCCAUUAUCAAUUUUGCUAUAAUAAUCAUUUAUGAAUAUUAUUACAGUCAUCAUACACUAUUUCAAAAGAUUUCAUGGUUAGGUGAAUACAAAGACAAUGCCUUUUUCACUUUGACUAAAGUAUGUUUUGUUUUUUUUCUGUCCAGUUCUUUGCUGUUUAGUUCCUUUGAUGAAAUACCCUUGCGCAUGUCGUCAAUGACAACCGGAGUGUUCUUGAAAAAAAAUGCCAUUUAUUUUGUACAGUUCAAAAUAAUAAAAACAAAGAUGUGAUAUAUUUUCUAUUGUAAUGGAGUUUGCAAGUUGGGAUGGCUUACAAAAUAGGAGACUGGAGACUGAAGAAAUUAGAAUAUAAAUGUAGUGAUGGCAGAGCUAUCCAUUUACCUGAAAGUCUUAUUUUGUGUAAUAAAUGACACUUGAUUAUA